CAGGAAUGGGGUUGCAGCAAAGGAGGCACAUGGAGCAGGCUGGGCCCAGCCUGGGGGGGGGUCCCUGUGCUGCCCUUGCUCCGGGCCCAUGCCACCCCCCUGUGCAUCGCCCAGCUCUGGGGGGCUCAGCCCUGCAGUGACUGGGGAGACAGCUGCCUCUUUUGGGGGGCUGUAUCCCCUCCUGGCCCCUGCGGAGAAGCCCAAGUUCAAAUCCUGAAGCCGGGGGAAGCUUGGCCCGGGGGGGGGGGGUGCAGAUCCAUGGGAAUUUUCAAGGCCUCGUGGGCCAGAUUUGCUCUGGUUGCUCCCAGGAGCGUCUCCACCGGCCCCGGUCCCCGGGAUCAACGCCUGUCCUGAGCUCCCUCUGUCCCAGUGGGGUUGAUUGGGGCUGAGCUCCCGGCGGGGGCUGGGGCUGCCCUGCUCUGCCUCAUGCCCAUGCUUUGGGGCCGGGGGGGUGGCAUUUUCAGGGGAGGGAAGAGGGUUGCUCUUGGGGUCUCUGCCCCCCUGUGAUGGAGGGUCUAGGGCAGCUGCCCCCCAUGGCUCUCGUCCCAGCUGCUCAGGCCCCGGGCCUCUCCGCAGCCCAACCUCCAGGCUCGGGAGGGCCGGCAGGGCUUGCAAUGAAGCAGCUUGUGCCAGGCCUCGCCCUCCUGCACCCUCUGGGCUCUGACACCGACUCCCGCUGUGACCUUGAGCCUGCCUCUCUUCCCGCGCCGCCCCCACGCCUGCUAUCUGCCCGCGGCGAUAAUGCUCCUUCCCUGCCGUGCUAAAACCCUUGGAUCUAUGGAGGAAAAGUGCAAGUCCCGUUAUCUCCAGCCCGCAGCUAAGAAGCCCGUUCAAACCCUCCGCUCGCAAAGCCUUGGUAACUGCGACACCCCCAAGCGAAAGCGUCUGGGAAUGAUCCUCAAGAGCGCGUCGCAGGACUCGGUGUCCUCGGAGGCUUCGGAUGCAGGUGUCGGGCUGGAUUCCCCAACACAAGAGGACCCCGAUGCCCUCGAAGACGUCUUUGAGAAGGCCAUUCAGGAGUCUGGGAAAGUCAUCAAAGACAAAUUCCCCAUGCGGAGAAUCCACUCCCUGCCGCUGAAGCUCCUGGGCACCAGCCCUGCCCUGAAGAGCGUGUCCAGCCCCCCGACAGCCAGAGAUCGCCGCGCCCUGAUGGAGAACAAGGAGAACGAGGGCGUGUUCAAAAUCCCACUGAAGCCCACGCCCCGUAGCCGGCUGCACACCUCCGAUGGGGCUGGCAGCAGGGACCCCUUUGCACAGAGACCCAACUCCGCCCCGGACCUCAUGUACGGCAGCCCCGAGAAGGAAAAUGUGGCGAUGGAGGCUGAGAGCCCUGUGUGUCUGCGCCGCUCCUCCCUGACCUCCUCCAUGAGCGACGAAGAGGACGAUGGCUUCAUGGAGAUCCUGGAUGACGAGGAGAUGAAGAGCGAAACCAGCGUCCCUGCGGGGAUGAAGAACCUGCUGAUGGCCCCGCUGGUGAAAAAGGAAGAAGCCGAUCUGGGGUUGGCAAAGCCCAGCAAAUGCCGCCAGCUCUUCCGGUCUCCCUCCAUGCCCAGCAGCGUGAUCAGGCCCAUCCUGAAGCGGCUGGAGCGGCCGCAAGACAAGGACACGCCGGUUAAGACCAAGCGGCGGAAGAGUGUGGCAGCCACCGCCGUCGAGGAGGAGCCGAAAUCCCGGCUGCUGCGCUCCAAGUCUCUCUGUCACAACGAGAUUGAAGAGGUCCUGGACAGCGAUCACCGGGAGCUCAUCGGGGACUUCUCAAAGGCUUACCUCCUGCAGACGGUGGAAGGGAAACACCAGGACCUGAAGUACAUCUCCCCAGAAAUGAUGGUGGCAGUCCUCAAUGGCCAGUUCAACAGCCUCAUCGACAGCUGCGUGAUCGUGGACUGCAGAUACCCGUACGAGUACGAGGGAGGCCACAUCAAGGGGGCCGUGCACCUGCCGCUGGAGCAGGACGUGGAGGACUUCUUGCUCAAGACGCCCAUCAUGCCGUUCGACGCCUCCAAGAGGGUGAUCGUGAUCUUCCACUGUGAAUUCUCCUCUGAGAGGGGGCCCCGAAUGUGCCGGUUCGUCAGGGAAAAAGACCGCUCUUGCAAUGAGUACCCCAGCCUGUACUACCCUGAGCUGUACAUCCUGAAAGGGGGCUACCGUGAGUUCUUCCCCCAGUACCAGACGCACUGUGAACCCCAGAACUACCGCCCCAUGCACCACGAGGACUUCAAGGAGGACCUGCGCAAGUUCCGCCUCAAGAGCCGCACGUGGGCCGGGGAGAAGAGCAGGCGGGAGCUCUACAGCCGCCUCAACUUCUGACCGGGCCGGGGCAGGGGAUGCGGGAGGAGACAGCCGGGCAGACAUCACGGAGAGACUUGCCACCCGCCCCAGCGCCUGGGGGUCGGCUCCCACCACCAGAGCCCGUGGCUCUGAUGUGCUGUUGGAGACUUCGCGGGCAUUGAGCCUUGUGGAUGCUGCCCUGCCCCACGCCGCAGACCGGAUUCCCCACUCAAUGCUGUGAAACUGCGGCGGUCGGCACCUGGAUCCUCGUUGGUGCUUUGAACUGUGAGCCAGAAACCCUCCGUCCAUCCAGGAGCAUCUCCAAACAGCGACUGAUCUACCCUCUGGUGCCUGGGAUGGUCUUUGCCCCACCCGGCAGAGCUGCUUUGUUACCCAGGAAGGAGAAACCCCGGUGCUGUGCAGGCUCCCUGCCCUCGAGACCCUGCUGUAAGCACGUGGGCUGUGUCCUCGGUCACGGCAGGGAU